AUGAGCAGCAGCAGCGUGCAGUCGGUGCACCAACAAGACGGGCUGCUCGUGCUGCUGCAGCUGGGUGACCCUAGGAGGAUCGCCCCCUUAUCCACGGGUGCUGGUGACUGCGGCAGCUGCGCAACGCACUCGGGCGGCGAUAGCAGCACUAGCAGAGCUAUCGCAUCUUGCGAUGCAUCCCCACAAGCAGACACGGCACAGCCCGCUGACCAGGAGGGAGAAGACAGCGCAGCGCAGAUGCCGUCAAGCCACGAGGGCGAGCAGCAGCGUGAGGAAGUGAAUAACGGCAGCAGAGCCAUAGCCAAGGAGGGCGCGCUGCUGAUGGGGGAGGCGAACAGCUUGCAGCAAUACAACGGAAAGCCGGCCAGCAGCGCUGAUGUCCUGGGGCACAUGGCGGGGUCACGUCGACACCAGGCCCGGGGAGACGGGUUGCGCGCAUCUGCAGCGACCCGUGGCAGCCGACCAGGGAGCGCGGCGCUGGCGCCUGCGCCGGCGCAGCAUGCGGCUGCUGGCGCAGCGGCACGAGUGCGCGCCAGCACCGGCAGCAUCCCCGCAAGUGCUGCAGUCUCGAUAAGUGGGGCAAUCCUUCGGAAGGAGAGGCCGUCAAACAAUGUGGCAGCGCAACGAGCCCGACGUUCGCUGCCGGUCAACGCGCAGCAGCGAUCUGCCCUGUCAAACCACAAUCGAGGGGAUCUGGGGGCCUGGGCUUGUGAGCAAGGGGCCGCAACGCCAGUUGGCCAAGCAUGCAGGUCGAGCUCGGGCAGCCGAGGAGGCAGCAGCAGUAGCAGCAGAUCCUGCGGGGGUGGUUCCAGCCGCUCAGCGGGAUGGGCUGGCAGCGUCUCAAGCAGCAGGUUCAGUGGAGGCAGCAGCAAGGGAGCUGUCGGGCCGCCUGUGUGGCCGCGCACAUUGCUGGCGGAGGAGAACACGCUGCUGGCUGAGCAGCUGCAG